AUCAUGCAUGUAUGCCCGCCACAUGUAGGUGCAACAUUUUGGACUAUGAAUACCAGCCUUCUAUCUCCCAGCCAUCACAGCAAGAAGUUGCCUCGCACAUUGAUACACACUAGAAGCACACAGCAUCGAUCGACCAUGCUGCACAAGAACAGCAUGGCCUCCCGUGUCUUCCUCAUGGCGCUGCUGUUCUCAUGCAGCUCCAUGAGCAGCACAGCACGGUACCUAGAGGAGGCCGUGCCCAAGAAGGAGUAUCCACCACAUCCUAUCAUCCCGGAGCUGCCAAAGCCCGAACUCCCGCCACACCCUGCCAUGCCCGAGCUGCCGAAGCCUGAACUACCUCACCCUCUCCUGCCCGAUGUGCCACACCCAGUGGUGCCGGAGACGCCAAAGGAGCCUGGAGUGCCACACCCGGUGGUGCCGGAGGUGCCAAAGCCUGAGCUGCCGCUACACCCUGCUAUGCCCGUGCUCCCGAAGCCCGAACUACCGCAUCCGGCUGUGCCCGAGGUACCAAAGGAGCCCGAAGCGCCACACCUCGUCGUACCGGAGGUGCCAAAGGAACGCGAACUGCCGCACCCUAUCGUGCCGGAGGUGCCAAAGGAGCCAGAAGUGCCACACCCCGUCGUGCCAGAGGUGACAAAGAAACCUAAAGUGCCACACCCUGUCGUGCCCGAGGUACCAAAGGAGCCCGAAGUCCCACACCCUGCCAUGCCAGAGUUGCCGAAGCCUGAAAUGCCACACCAUGCCGUGCCAGAGGUGCCAAAGGAGCCCCAUGUGUCGCACCCAGAGGUGCCGAAAGAGCCCGAGUUACCGCACCUUGCUGUGCCAGAGGUCCCGAAGCACGAAAUGCCACCAUUCCCCAAAGCCGAGCUGCCCCCAAAGCCUGAAUUCCACUUUCCGGAACCUGCGGCCAAGCCAUGAUCGGACCAGCUAAAUCCGCAUAGUGUCCAUUAUCUAAGUAUUAAACUAUAUACUAUACAUGUGUGUGCGGGCGCGACGCGUGUGUUCCUGUAUGUGUGAUUGUUAGAGUAUAUACUAUACAUGUGUGUGUGUGUGUUGUACAUGUUCUGCGCUUCAAUUCCUGACGACAGCGUUAUGUCUGAGUGGUGUUCCAUGGUGCAGCUGCUCAAUCUGUUGCCUACAUCCCUUUACGUGUGUAUGCAUGAUGUACUCCCUCCGUUUCUAAAUGUAAGUCUUUUUAGAGAUUUCAAUACAAACUACAUGCGGAUGUAUACAGACCUACUUUAGAGUGUAGAUUCAUUCAUUUUGCUCCGUAUGUAGUCUAUAUUGAAAUCUCUCAAAAGACUUAUAUUUAGGAACGGAGGUGUAUAUGAUAUGUACAUGAAUAAAUAUGUUUUCGUGUUUGGAGUUUUUA